AUGAUGGCGAAACUCAAGGAAUCCCUGGCUGGCCCAGGGUACGUGAUUCUGAACACCAUCCGCGCCCUCAACAUCAUUGUCUUCCUCGAUAUCAUCGCCUCCUGCGUGGUGAUGGAGGUCAAAAUCGAUAUGCGGAAUGGAUUCUUCUUCUUCCAAGCCGUUACCCAUGCUGUCAUGGCUUUGAUUAGCAUCGUUUUGAUCAUCACUGAGCUCCCGAUCCUUCGGGACUACUUUAAUCGCAACUGGCCACUCUUCGGAGACGAAGCAGGCUUCCUCGGUCUAGCAUUAGCCAUGAUGAUCCUCGGAGUCGCUGUGCUAGGGAAUCUGAACACCGAAGCAAUGAGCCAAAAGUCUAUCGGCCUCGCAUUCUGGCGCAUCGUCAUCUCAGCGGGAAUCCUGGCCAUGGUCAUGAGCGUGAUGAACAUCCUGGCGACCUUCAUCUUCAGCCACCGCAAACCCCACGUCAGCGCCCGCCAAGUCCGAAUCUACGGCGCCGGCGCCAAAGACCAAGUAAUAAGCCGAACAAGCAGCCAACGAUCGCUACAACUAGGAAUCAAGCGCGAAGAAUACCCACAUCCACCAACCUACACUCCUCCCGAACCAGCGCGCGAGAAUGCCUUGAAGCGAGCAACAAAGCGAUUCACUGGUCGAUUCCCGAUUAAGAUCUCCGGUCCCAUGAUGCGGAGCAAUGAUGCUGCGGACAAUGCGCAUCUCCAACCGCCGCUGAAUAACGAUGAUGCGGCUUCAUCGCAUUAUUCGCGAAAUUCGGAGGGUGUGCCGUUUCCUGAGGAGGCGUAUCAUCCUUCUAUGCGGCAGACUCAUGCGGUCAAUAUGGUUUAG